UCUUCGACUGGCGCCCAGCCGGUUGCUUUUACUCGGUGCACACAGGACGCGCUCGCCGGAUGUUGACGGACACGCAUGGUGCUGUUGAGCAGUAAAGGCAGCCUGUUGCUAAUGUAGCUUGCGGACAGUUCAACGGAGCCUCUCAUUGUCGAAUCAGAAUGUCGGCGUCGCUGGUCAGGAGAGGACUGGAGCUGCUUAGCUAUGAUUUUAAAGAUGUCAGUAAAGUGAAGAAGAAGAAGAAGAUGAAGAAGCAGCAGACCCCCAGCUCAGCCACUGUGAUGGAGCUGGUGAGCACCAAGCGGCAGGGAGUCACCAAGCAGGUCAAGCGGCUGCAGGGUCGCCUGGGUCCCGGCAAGAGCAAGGCCACUGUCAAAGACAAGAGGGUCAAGUCUGCAGUGGAGGAGUUCAGGAAGAAGCAGGGGAAGAGCCAGAUGAGCGCAAACCUCAAGUACUUUAUGGAAUCUGGCUACAAAACAGCAGAUUCCGACACUUUGAAGAUCCUGAGUCACAAUUCCGGGAGACAGUCCAGGAACCGUCCGGACCGAGCCGCCAAGAAGCCCAAGGAGCCGCAGUCGUUGUUCACAGAGGAGGAGUUCCAGCAGUUCCAGAAGGAAUACUUUGGCAGGACUGUCGAGGAGAGGAAAUAAAGCGCACGUGGACACAAAGACGCAGCAGCAUCGGACGAAACACCGGGGCUGCUUUUUGUGGAUCAAAGUGGAUUUCUGGACCAGGUUAUGUUCUGGAAGUUGGCUCCACUUCACGUCUCUUCAGUGGAACAAGUAACUUUGAGGAGAAAUGCUCGUAUACGCUGAAUCUAUGCUUGUGUCAGGACUUCAACCACACACAGGGAACAUUUGAUUUAUCCGCCUGAGUAAUAAUAUGCUGUAAUUCAUAACACCACCAUGAUUGGCUGCGGACAUUUGUUCCGGGUUUUUGAUAUCAAGAGUUUCUCACGGCAGCUUGAAGGUCACCACGUCAUUUGUUCAUGUUUCAGGAUUUCUGGCUAAAGAUGACUCGUUACAGUUAUCAGUUAUGUGAAGCCAGUCAGUUUAUCAGUGGGGCUUUCUGGACUGUCGUAUACCUAAUAUUGUCCUGAAACCUCUCACAUGGGUCAUGUGUGUCACCUCAUUUUGGUCACUUUGUUUUCACAUGUUAAAAAUAGAGACACAUGAGAGUUUCAUUGAAUCUAUUCAACUUCUUCUCCAUAAUUGUAACAGACACAGAUAUAUUGAUUGUUCUCUAUAUGGUGGUCUCCUCCAGUCACAAUUCCAAUCACAAUAGUCCGGUUUAUACCAGAAAUUCUUAGAUUUUUAAAAAUAUUUAUCUGUAUGUUUGAGCAGAAAUAGCAUACUGCAUUUUUGUAAGUUUUCAAUAUCAAGAGUCACACUUUUACUCUGUUAUUCACAUUUUCAUUCAGGCAGUAGUAGCAAUAAAUUUACAUG